GCAGCAGCACCGGUAUGUGUGUUUGUGUUCGUAUGACAGCGAAAGAUUUCUGGGGAUGCAAGAGAGGUAGCCUUGUCUGACGGGAUGGCAGGGAUUAUUAAAAAGCAGAUCUUGAAGCAUUUGUCCAGGUUCACUAAGAACCUCUCCCCGGAUAAGAUAAACCUGAGCACGCUGAAGGGAGAGGGCCAGCUGUCCAACCUGGAGCUGGAUGAGGAAGUCCUUCAGAACAUGCUGGAUCUGCCCACCUGGCUGGCCGUCACACGCGUCUACUGCAAUAAAGCUGCUAUACGGAUACAGUGGACAAAGUUGAAGACCAGCCCAAUAUGUUUGUUCCUGGACAAAGUAGAAGUGGAAAUGAUGACCUGUGAGGAACCCCGUCCCCCUAAUGGUCCCUCCCCUAUUGCUAUUACUGCAGGUCAAAGUGAGUAUGGCUUUGCCGAGAAAGUCGUAGAGGGAAUGUCUGUAAUCAUCAACUCCAUUAUUAUUAAAGUGCAAGCACGAGCCUUCCAUGCCUCAUUUGAGCUCUGGCAGCUCCAGGGCUGCAGUCUCAAUCCCAUGUGGCAGAAGACUGACCUACGUAACACCCGCAUCACACAUCCCAAAAGAGGAGAGGUCUUAACAUUUAAAGAGAUCAACUGGCAGAGUCUGCGCAUUGAGGCAGAUGCAAUAGAGAGUGAGGAGCAGGAUCUGGGCAGCAUGCCACUCCGUCUCAUUACCAAUCAAGGCCGAAUACGGAUUGCUCUUAAACGCAGGGUGAAGGACUGUAAUGUAUUGGCGUCCAAGCUGAUGUUCAUAUUGGAUGACCUGUUGUGGGUUCUGACAGACUCCCAGCUUAAAGCCAUCAUCCAUUACGCCAAGUCUUUAAGUGAAGCCAUGGAGAAAUCUGCCCAGCAGAGGAAGAGCAUGGCUGCUGAGACACUACAGACUGCCCCUCCCUCUCCUGGAGUUCACUCUCUGUUUACUGAAGCUCCUCCCUCCCCUGCCGCCGGCACCCCCAGCACACCGGCCCAGUAUUUUGACCUUCAUGAUGUCAAAGAAUCCUCCUACCACACUUUCAUUUCCCGUCUUGAUCUGCAUAUCUGCAAUGAUAGCUCUUCAGAUCCUGAUGAAACUCCCCCUCCAGGCACCCAGGGUGCAAUGCAACUGACUUUCCGGAAGUUAGGCUUUGAUUACUACCCUUUCCACAGACCAGGUGAUGACUGUCGGCACUGGGAGCGUCACUGUGGGGCGAUGGAGUCUCGUGCGCAGUGGGUGGCCAAACUGUUACAGGAGUUUCAGAGGAGAGUGGAGGAUUCUGGUAUCCCUGGACCUUAUUCAGAAACACCGUUAUCUGCUAAAAAUUCUUCAGCCAAAAAAGUCAACAAAGAUGUGGAACACUUGUCAAAUUUUAGCCCUGAACGAGGUCAGACCUCACGGCGGGGUUCAGCAGCCGUAUCCCCCCUGAAGAGACUCCGCUCCAGCUGUAUGGUGCUCCGUGUCGAUGAUAUGGACAUCCAUCAGGUGUCAACUGGGGGGCGUCACAGCAAGAGAACGCAGUCUCUUCUAUCAUGUAACCGCAAGUCUUUGCAUCUGCCAGAUAACUCGCCUGCUAUUCACCUGCAGUUCACAGAAUACUAUUUUCCUGAUAACCCUGGACUUCCUGCACCCUGCUCUAACCUGUAUGGCCAGCUGAAUGGUCUACAACUGUGUUUGGAUGCUCCAAGUGUACUUUGGAUGACUUUGUUCUCACGAGGACUACACAGGACAUUGGAUCAGGUCAAAGCCUUUUACCAUCUCCAGGACAGCAGCAAAAGUGAUGAACAUAUCGAUAUUCGCCUAGAUGCAACACAGCUUAAGGUGAUCAUUCCUCUGGAGUCUUCCAUUUUGGAUCACCCAGACCGCCCUCAGUCACUGAGCAUCAGUCUGCCUCACAUUGUACUAAGCAACACUCGUCACUGUCCUCACGGUUCCCGCUCUGACCUCAACAGCACCUACAGUUGUUUUUCUAGCUCUCCCUUCUUUCAGUCCACUCUGUGCCAACCUUUCCCCCGUGAUCAGAGCGUCCUCAAUCCCCUUCCAUUGGCAUUUCUUCAACACUCUUUGGAAAACGACCACCUAUUUCUAAUUGACAGUCGUCCCUCUCGCUCACAGGACAUCUGGUCAAUCAGUUUGUCCCGAGUGGCUCUGGGAUUUGAAGGGGCUCGUCGAGGGCUCAAGGGAAAACCUCUCCCCUUUGUGGAGCCCUUUGCCAUGUCUUUGUGGAUGUGUCGCCCUACUGCCUUCAGAAAAGACUCUUGCGAACAAAGAGACCUAAAAUUCUCCUCAAUUUCUAUUAAAGACCCUCUCCCAGUCUCAUCAACGGGUAUUAAGGAAAAACUAUCUGAUCAAGUAGUCCAGACUGAAGAACUAGUUAGGCCUCCUAUGGCCUCCAUCCAUAUCUUGGCCCAGUCUAUCACUCCUUUCAAAAUGUGGCUCAACCACUACCAGUUUGUAGCGCUUUUAAGGAUGAAAGACUACCUCUCCCAACUGGCCCGAGACUUGAGCAAGGAUGGCCAGAGUUUGGGCCAUUUGGAAUGUUCACAUGCAGACUCCCCUGCAGUAUGCGUCUCAUUCUUGAUGGAGGCCAUGGAACUGACUCUGCUGCUUCCUCCUGCAGUAUGCGAGCCAGAAGAGGAAGUCCUGUCUCCAGAUGAAACGGAUACUCCCAGUCUGACAGACUCCGAUCUCUCAUUGCACCACCCCGGUGAGGAGGACAGUGGGCUGGGUCGUAGCGGGGCAGCGAUGGUUCAGGAGGAGGAUGAAGAGCAAGAGGGUUCAGUGGAGGAGGCUUGUGAAGCCAUUGAAGAGGGAAUGGAUGGAAAGACGUUGCCGGGUGACGAAGCUCAGCUCUCUGCCCAAUCUUCUCCACUUUCUCCCAGGAACCCUGCAUUACUCUCUCGGCAACCUUCUACUUUCAGCCUGGAAGGGGAGCUGUCCAGUGCCCUAAAUGCCACCAAGGGUGUUACUAAAGAUGCGCUCAAUGCCUCCCUGGAUCUCACCAAGGGGGCGCUGUCCAUCACAAAAGAUGCUUUUAGCAUCCUUAGCCGAGGAUCUGCAAUGUCUAAGCUCUUCACUCCUCAAAACAGCAGGCCAGAAGAGUCUAGCCCCACCUUCAUGGGGAAUCUGCGGCUACAGUCCAUAAAACAGUCACCAUCCCAGAAUUCCUACGACAGUGCCAUUCUAGAAGGGAGCCUAGCGGACGACGGCUUAUCCAUUGACAGUGACAUCAGUGAAAACUUUGUCAUCCUCAUGGACUCCGAGUUAGGUGUGGAGUCUUUGCGUCCGAAUGGUAUGGCGGUCAACCCUGGCAGCUGUGUUAGUCCUGCACCUGGAACAGAAGGUGGAUCAUCAGCAGACCUUAGCAGUUCGCUCUCCCAGAGCACCGAAGACAUUGCCCAAGAUACAUAUUCAGUGUUAGUUCUGUGUCUGAGCCGAAUGGGUUGCCUGGCAGAGAAGCGUGGAGAAGACAUCAUAGUGGCGCUGGAGGCCAGAGAACUUGUGCCUAAACAACUUGGCAACCAUAAAGUCACAGAGCUGCUGACAGGACAGACGCUGAUGCAGGCUGGUUCUGCAUCUCCCAGCGCUCCGCUGUCCCCGGGCCCCCGAGCUCUUUCCUGCCCCCCAGCAGCAUCUCUCAGAUUGGAAAUGGGGCCCUGCGCGAGCAGACAUUCCCCUCUAUCGGAGAGCUUGGGGUUUAUGGAGAUGUGUUUGACGGGAUGCAGAGCAGAGCUUUUGGCUUCUACAUUAAACACUUUGGGUCCCUUUCUGGAGGAUGAGCUUAAGGCAGACAUACAGCCAAUGAGAUUAUGGCUGCAAGAAACUGCUAUUACACUAAAGGAUGAUGGUCCUCGUGUUUACCCGACUGCUCCUCAGCCAGUUCCCGUACUCUUUUCUCUGGAUGGAAUUGUGCUGGAGCGUUUAGAUGAUGGAAUUCUCAGAUUGCGACCGGCUACUCAGAGUCAGUCAGGGAUGGCUGACCAAUCCUGUUCUAAAGUUCAUGAGAAAAACAAGUCUCUGGAGUCCAAGCUCGCCGAUGUCCAGUCUGCUCUCCAGAACGCUCUCUCUGACCGCGAGCGCCUGCUACAGGAAAUCAGAAAACACAACCCCUCUUUCACCUUAUGAUGGAGAAAUAACCAGACCUCAAUUCAAGCAAGGCACCAGAUGUUUUCUAGAUGAACCAUAAGAGGUUUCUUUACCUUCAUUGGCUCAAAAUUCUCCUCCAUGCCUUUCUGUAAUCUCAAUCAGAUAUCAUCUCUAGUUUAUCUUUGACUAUUCUUUACAAGUCUUCCUGUACAGUGACAUUUCUCUGUUUUUGAUGAACUACAUCAGUGCUAAGAUUGAACACAGAGACUCUUUCACUGCCAGAAACCUCUCCCUCCUCCACUAUUUCCCCACCUUUGUUCAGCAUAGUUCUCGUACAUGAUUGUUUGUUGCAAGUUUCACCACAGGGCCGUAAAACGUUAUAGGUACUAUAGAUGUGUCCGAGAAACUGUGUGGUACCACGGCUGGGCUGAUAGAUAAUAGGUUUUUUUUUUUGUGUGCCGCCUACCUCGACAGCAUUUCAAUACAUCAUAAGCAUGAAAAUUGACGUCAUACACAUUGACAACAAAAUUCUUUUUUUUUUAAUGAUACCUCAACCUAUGCUGAUGAGAGGCUUGCAUUUGAAAAACACAAAUUUGAAAGAGUACAAAGACAUUUGUUCCUUUGUAUGUCAAGAAAUCACCAAGCAUUAUUUAUUCACCAUAAUGUCAUUGUAUGUGUAUAUGACUUUAUUUAUUCAGCCGUACACAUUUAAAGUUAGAUUUAUUAAAUAAUAUCUUAGCUCUUCCUAGCUUUGUAAUGACAUUGAACAGCACCUCAAAAUAUUUGUGAUAGGAAAUGCUUUUUAUUUUGAGCAUAUUUAGUGUUUAAUUAAAAACACGCUGGAUCCGCGUCGAUACGUAAGACGAUCAAUGGUUCUCGUAAUUUUUGUGACAAGUCGUCUUAUGCUCCGUACACACCAAUCGCAAAGUAUCUUGUUCAUCGCUCUAUAUUACUCGCGGGAUUAAACUUCAUGCUAAUUUUUGUUUGAGUUUAAUAUUUAGAUCUCGUCAAUUGCGCCGCCCAAUUAACAUCAUUCUCAUUGUUCUACAAAGACGCUCUUGAAGUGAAUAGCGCAUGUUUUUGCGCCAAUCGCGGCGCCAAAUUCGCAUCAUUCGCAUUGCCCCACGCGAGUUUGCGUCUAUUCACAUCUUUACAUUGCUUUUUAUGUAAUCUACGCGUGCAAGUUGAAUUCGCAUUUGGUGUGUACGCCCAUUAUGUGUGCCACGGGACACAUUUCAACCAAUAACGGAUCGAAAAGUUGAUCAAGUAUAAAUACUUAAACUGCUAAUUAUUUAAUUACGUAGUUCACUGUAAUGUAGAUAUUUGUGUGUACUAUGUAUAGCACAUAUCAUAGGGUUAGUUUAAUAUGUUAACCUCAAACAAACUAUAAUCAACGAUGAGCAUUCGCAUGCAACAUGCACACUAUUUGUAUAAGGUUAAUAUCAUGCUGCCUUUGAGUAGAAAGUUGACAGUGAGGCAACUCGGUAGUUUUUAAAACCAAACCUGUAAAGAUGUUUCAUUGUUUAUUGAUUGUAACAGUGUACUGUACAGUGAAUUACUUAUGCUGCUGUUUAUCAGCAUUAAUGCAGUAUGUCAGAAAUUGCUGAUGUUUGUUUGUGUGAUUCAAGAGUGGAUUUAAAGACAAAAGCACUUUGAUAUCAAGUCACUGUAUCAUCAGUAUAUAUUGACCUUCAUCUGAGGUUCCUUGUACAACAGACAGUACUUUUGAAAACCAAAAGGUUAACUUCGUUGAGCCGAGAUCACCUCUGAUUCUAAUACGAUACUGGAGUGAAGCAUUUGUGCCAAGGCUAAUGUUGUACACAUGAAUUUUGUAGCCUUAUUUCAACAGCUUUUAUUUGAAUUGACCUAUGGCUGAGCCACGCCACAAAACGCGAUGAGCCAAUCACAGUGCACAUAGCAACUCAAUACACUCGGACAUUCUUUCCUUCCACGUCCAUUGAAAUGCUUUGCAGUUAGUCAGUUAGUCAUCAUAAAAAUCUAUUUCCAUGUUUAAGUGCUAUAAUUGGGUCCCCAGUGCUUCUAUCAACAAAAAAUGUGUAAAAGAUCAACCCAGUAACUUAGUUUUUGUUAACCAUUCUCUGCAAGCAUGUGAAGAAAUGGGUCAUUAAAAUGUGGCUCCCCUUGUGAUGUCAGAAGGGGAUCUUAUUAUUAUAACACCUCCCCUUAAUCUGCACUAUCCAACCACAGCACUGCUGUUUAGUGCAGAGAGAGAAAAAAUAAUUGACAGCACAAUUGAGUUUCAAUUCAACCACUGUCAUUGUGAUCAGUGUUUGCACUUCAUCAGCUCAUUUGCAUUUUAAAGGACACACCCAUAAUGGCACAUUUUUGCUCACACCUACAAAGUGGCAAUUUUAACAUGCUUUAAUAAAUUAUCUAUAUGAUAUUUUGAGCCAAAACUUGACAUAGGUACGCUGGGGACACCAAAUAUUUAUUUAACAUCUUUAAAAGUCUUGUGAAAUGUCCACUUUAAUACUCCAGAUAAAUUUCUUUGAGGUACUUUAAUAAUCUUUAGUUGAACUUUUGAACAAAACAUUACGGGGUGGUUUCCCAAACAGGGUUUAGAUUAAUCCAGGACUAGGCCUUAGUUGUAUUAGGACAUUGAAGUAGUUUUUACAAACAAAUCUUACAAAUAAACAAUACUGGUGUGCUUCUUGUGACAAAACAAUGUCACUGAUAUAUGUUAAGAUGGGUCAUUACAAGGUGUUUUAAAUUAAGGCAGCUCAAAUAUGAAUUUUAGUCUAGGACUAGGAUAGGACUUGUCUGGGAAAGCGUGCCUAUAUAUAAUGUAUAUACAUAUUAACGUGGAUUUAUUCGAUUACUUAUCAAAAAAAGCCCAUCUUAUACUACCAAGUUUAGCGUUGUAAAGAUAAUGCAUUUAUUUUUUUGUACUUUAAACGUUUAAUGUUCAAAUGAGCUAAAAUGUUGGCAUGAAAAUCUGUAAAAUGUCCUGUAUGAACAAUGUUUAAACUACAGGUGCUAAAUUGUACACUAUUUGUGCAAAUGUGACAGAAUUUUUGAGGUUAAAUCAGUAUUAUGGACUCUUUAUUAUGAUUAGAAUAGAAAAGAGAAACAUCAGGUUUGUCCUAAAUGAUCAGAAUGUCUGGUUAUAACACAACCUACGUUGGUAGUAGUGUCCGAUAGCUUAAGUGUUAUUGUUUCCUCGUUUUUAUUUAAAUUAUUUUGUGAAAUAUGUAGCAUUUUAUGCACUUAAACAGUUACCAUGUUGGUGUAUUCAAUAUUUCUGUCUUCCAAAGAGCAUUGAUGAAGAAACCGAUGGUUAAAAUGACAUUGUACAGAUGUUUUCUGUAUACAGUAUUAUUCUUACAAUCAUUCAGUGCAUGGAAACCUUUUUGUUUAGCUAUUUAAUGCAUGGCUUUACUUGAAAACUUGCACAGAUGCAACAUGAAGAUCACAGACCUCAUUAAGGUUUUUAUUUUAUUUUCUGAUUUUUUGGCAAAGCAUGUUUAGCAACACUUGGUCAUCGAUGCCUUAAUUUGCUGUGGGUUAAAUAUGUCUUUGACACUACAGUACCAGGGUCAUCCUUAUUUUAUUGGUCGUUUUAGCGUGUGGUUGGUACUAGGUUAACUUCUCUGUGUGGUUAAAUCAGAAUACUCUGUUUUAAAUUGCUUUCAUUUGUUUGUUUCACUUAGAUGUCAGACACUGUUGUUACAGUAUAUACAAAAGUUUUUAAGAACAAAAUCCAACUUAUUUCUUUCUGGGUCCUGACUGGAAAUUGGCCUUGUAAAUGGUGUUGAUAAGAAACAAAAAAUCAUUUUAAAAACACUGAUUUGGUUAAUAUGUGAUGAUUUUAACCUAGUAAGAUCAAAUAAAUGGUGUCCGCUCGAGAGUUCCUAAUAGGUUUCGAUGUCCAAACUCUAACCAAAGUUAGAUUUCAAUAAUCAAACUCUAGGACUUUUCAUCAGAAUAGGUUUAUUUAAUUUAAUGAAACUAGAUUGUGUCUCUGUGUGUAUAUAUAUAUAUUAUACUGUAUGUAUUGAUUACAGUUGUGUGUGUUGAGUUUUUUUUAUUGUUGAAGUGUUUUAAUUUUCUAGUGUCUGUAUUUGGUUAAAUUAAUGGCAUGUGUUCAUCACACUGCUCAUGAGGUUUUUUUUUUUUUGCUAAUAGCGUUUAAAUAUUUUUUAUUUAUUUUUAUUUAUAGUCAUUGUCAGUUUUUAUUUGAUGCCACCAAAAUGAAAUUUAAAAAAAUUAUUUUGUUUGGUUCUGUGAACCAUUACACUAUUAUGAUCAAUAAAAUGUUUAAAAUUGUAUAAAAAUAAAAUUGUACGUUUUUUUGCCCGCUGUUCAAAUGUUACAAUGUAAAU